AACGGAUAAAUGUUUUCAGGAUGUUUGCAGCUGUCUUGUAGCUGUCUUACGCUCGCACCUGUGUAAGUAUCCAGCUUGCUCAUGGUCUGAUCAGUCUCCGGAGGGGAUAUGCAGUCUGCUAGCGGAACACUCGAUCACCAUGCAACGAAUAUCCUACACUCGAACGCUCUCAUGGUACUGAACAUAAUGGGGAGCCCGGAUUCUCGUGAAGGGUUUUGGACGUCACCUUUUCUGCGUUCAACAUUGCUGGGUACCAUUUUCCCUGGAUUCCUUGCCAUGCUUAUGCUUUGUUAUGACGUAUUCACCUCGGUACAUAAUCACAAACCGCUCCGUGCUUUUCUUCGCUCAGUCAAGGCACCUUUCACUAACUUCCUUUCGCUCGACGACCUCGAAGGACCGCAUGGACGCUGUGUAGUGGUUCCGCUAUGGAAAACGCGCCUUCUUGCUACUCUAUCUGCCCUUGUGUCUGUUGGUUGGGUGGCAUUUGCCGCAUUCUCAGAGUUCGUCUAUGGGCCAACAGAUGCACGCAGCGUACAGGCAAUUGUAAGCUCCGUUAUCUGGAAAUACCUUUAGACCUAUGCAGACCCCAUCAUAUCUUCUCAUCUUAUUCUUUAUGUUCGAGGUACUGGCAGUCGUGGUUGACGUCGCGGCGAUGUUACACGAGGAAACGCGAAGCCCGGGUAUCAUUGUGCUUCAUGUUAUACGACUUGCCAUACCUCUCUUUCUGGCAUGGCUCGCCGGCUCGCUCCCUCUCGAGCCUAUCCUUCCAUCACAAAAUGUCGCACAGCGGUCGGAUGUAAGUGUAGACCACCUGGCGCUUGUAUGGUGACGAUAAUCUGUCAUUCGUAGGCUCCGUCAAGUACUCUUUCGAUGCCGGAGGACAACGUCAAUCUAUGGUCCUGGUCGACGUUCAAUUUCGUCGAGCCCAUACUCAGAGUUGCAUCGACGAGGACACUUCAUGAGUCGGAUGUGUGGUGGUUAUCACCAUAUUUCACACAUAAGAACCUGUUCAAUAAGUACCUUGAAUAUUGCGAGAUGCACCCCAAUCAUUCAUUACUUUGGUUCCUUCUCGCAUCGAAUUCGUUAGACCUAAUCCUUGACGUUUCUUUAGAGUUGUGGGGAGCAGUCGUUGGAUUCGUUCCACCAUAUGCGUUAAAACGUAUAUUGUCAGCCCUAGCAGAUCCAGCUCCAGAAGCCCGAACCACUGCAUACAUAUUUACUUUCUUGAUGUUCCUUGCGAACCUGUCAUUCGCUCAGGUUGAUGUGAAUCAGCGAUGGUUCACUCGUCGAUGUUACGAGCGUACUCGCGGACAACUGUUCUGUGCUUUGCACUACAAGGCGUUGAAGAGACGUGACGUCAGCGGGAAGACUUCUCAUGGUGAUAGAGAAGGAGAUGAUCAGGGAGGUGCCGAUCUUGGUAAGAUCGUGAACCUCAUGCAGGGUGAUGCGUACGCUGUUGCCCAGCGGUUCUGGGAGUUUUCCGGUAUCUUUGCAGCACCCAUCCGUCUUGCUAUUGCAAUGACAUUCUUAUACCAAAUCCUUGGUUGGAGUUCAUUAGCAGGCGUUGUGGUCGUUCUACUUGCAUACAUCGUCAAUUACCCUUUAGCCAAAUACAACGUCUACAUUACUCGAAAUUCGUGGAAAGCUCGCGAUCGACGAAUGAACCUAGUCAAUGAGCUAUUCCAGAAUAUCCGAUUCUUGAAGUUCUACGGAUGGGAAACCGGCUGGACGAACAAAGUGCGAGAGUCGCGUGAAAAUGAGCUCCGUUGGCGGGUAAAGGAGAACAUUGUAAAUACUUUGAUAUCUUUCAUUUGGACAUGGAUACCCUCCGCAACAGCGCUGUCGUCAUUCCUUUGUUACACUAUGAUUGCUCGAGAACAGUUGACAGUCUCUAAGGCAUUCACUUCGGUUGCGUUGUUCUCCCAGUUGCAAGAACCAAUGACAGCACUCCCAGCUCAAUUCUUCGCACUGUUGCAUGCCUACGUCAGUAUGCAACGUAUCGAAGCAUUUCUCAACGAGCCAGAGGUUCCAGAUUGGGCAUCCUCGCUCAAAUCGUCGGACACAUCGACCGCUCGACAUCCCAAAGAUGAGAAGAUUGGUUUCGUAAACGCGACUUUUGAAUGGGACGUGGCUCCUCGUGCGGAGCCCUCUCGAUUUAGACUCGGACCUCUCGAUAUGGAGUUUCCGGAGGGCAAGAUGACAUUGGUCAGUGGCGCUACGGGGUCUGGCAAGAGUGCCCUCCUGGCUGCGAUACUCGGAGAGAUGCAUUGCAUCUCUGGUCAUGUCAUGCUCAACAAAUCAGGUCAUCAGGUUGCGUACUGUGCUCAGAACCCUUGGCUAGAGCAUGCGACAAUCCGAGACAAUAUCAUUUUUGGCGCAGGUUUCGGAUUCGACGAAGCCAGGUACAACUCCGUGAUAGAGGCUUGUGCCCUUACUCGUGAUUUAGAAAUUUUCGAAGCGGGAGAUUUUACUGAAAUCGGAGAGAAGGGCAUCACAUUAUCUGGAGGUCAACGUGCUCGGAUCGCUCUGGCACGCGCAUUGUAUUCACAAGCAACUUGUAUUCUCUUGGAUGAUCCUCUUGCGGCAGUUGACAUGCAUACCGCUCAGCAUCUCAUCAAAAAUGCUCUAUCAGGCCCACUCGCUGAAGGACGUACAAUCGUCCUCGUUACGCAUCACAUCAGUCUGUGUUUGCCUUACGCUACCUAUCUCGUUGAGCUAUCCAAUGGCCGCGUCCUUCGUCAAGGCUCUGUUCGUGAUCUUGAGUCUCGAGGUCAACUAGAAGAGUUCGUCGCUACCGAAAAUAUUCCCGAAGACGAGAUGGAUGUCAAGGAACCCAUACAAGAACAGGACAGUGGAGCAAACGGGACAGAAGUUUUAGUGUCUGAAUCAAAGAAGCUAUCUGACGGAAAACUAAUCGAAACAGAAGCUCGUGCUGAGGGUCGAGUUGCGCUCAGCACGUAUGUCGCUUAUAUCAAAACUGCUGGAGUGUUGUCUUGGAUCAUCAUGCUAGUUCUGAUGGUCUUUAUUCGGCUUCUCACCAUCGGCAACCAGUUUUAUCUCGCAAAAUGGGGAGAAGCAUAUGAACGAGACAAAUCCGAGUCUUAUUUCUUCAUCGUAAUAACCACCUCACGGUGGUUUUGGGAACGUCUUCCUUCGCCGAACGUGGAUGUUGGCCCUUGGCUGCUCAUCUAUCUCUAUAUCUCACUCGCCGGCGCCUUCUCUGUCUUCGCAUACAUCGCCAUCGGUUAUUAUGCCAGUCUACAAGCAUCGCGAUCGCUGUUCGUCUCCAUGCUUACAAGUCUCGUUGGUGCUCCUACUCGUUUCUACGACAUUACCCCCAUUGGCAGGAUACUCAAUCGUUUUACUACUGAUAUCAAUUGUAUCGACGGCGCUCUACUCAACUCCGUCCGCGCAGCGCUCUCUGGAGUCUUGAACUUCGUCGCGUCAAUAACGGUCAUCAUCUUGGUUGUCCCGUCAUUUGCCCCAUUCGCCGUUGUCAUAGCGUGGCUCUACAUUCGUUUGGCACCUUCGUAUGUGCAAGCUGCUCGAGACUUAAGGCGAUUGGAGUCGAUCUCGCUGUCGCCAGCCUUUGCCGGAUUCGAUGAAUUGCUACGUGGUCUUCCGCACGUUCGCGCAUUUGGUAUGGAAACUCGGUAUCAGGGUAGGUUCUAUCAACGAGUGGACAAGUUCCAGUCUUUUGAUCAUGUAUAUUGGCUCGUUGCGAACUGGCUGAUGUGGAGAUAUGAUUGUCUUGGUUCUGUAAUCGUUUUCAUGAGCACUGUAUUCGCGUUGUGGACCGGCGUGAACGAUGGCCUUGCGGCCCUCGUAAUCAUUCAGGCUGGCGUGUUUGCAGAAGCGUCUCGGCAGCUUGUCAGGGUUCUUGCUCAGCUCGAGUUGGAUGCAAAUAGCGUAGAGAGGGUGGUCGAAUAUCUGCAUGUCACCCAAGAAGCGCCCGCCGUCGUUCCUUCCAAUAGGCCACCCGCAUAUUGGCCUUCGAGUAACGGAGAACUAUCGGUAGAGAAUCUUGUGGUCAAAUAUGCCCCCGAUUUACCUCCAGUGCUCCAUGGUAUUACUUUCACCAUUAAACCAACUGAAAAGGUUGGAGUGGUCGGAAGGACUGGGUCAGGGAAAUCCACCUUAGCGCUGUCGAUCUUACGAAUUAUUGAGCCAAGUGAAGGCAAAAUUUUAAUAGACGGUAUCGAUAUCAGUACUCUUGGAUUAGAUGACCUUCGAACACGAGUGACCAUCAUUAGCCAAGAUGUCUCGUUAUUUACCGGUACAUUAAGGAGUAAUCUCGAUCCGUUCAAUGAACAUACGGACGAAGAAUGCUGGGAAGCUCUUGAGCGCUGUCACCUCAUCUCCAUCCUCAGCCAUGCAACUAACAAGGACGCUCAAGUUUCUUUGGACAUGCCUAUAAGCCAAAGCGGUUCGCUCAGUGCUGGCGAACGUCAGUUGGUGGCGAUGGCUCGAGCUCUCCUGCGACGAAGCAAUGUCGUCAUUAUGGAUGAGGCCACCUCACAGAUUGAUAUUGCGUUAGAUGAUCAGAUUCAACGAACCAUCCGUGAGGAGUUCAGCGGUGCAAUUGUUGUAACGAUCGCGCAUCGUUUGAAGACCGUGUUGGAUUACGACAGGAUUCUCGUCCUCGGAGGUGGAGAAAUCCUCGAAUUCGACACCCCAAAAGCCCUUCUGAGGAAGCGCGGGGGGACAUUCAGGGACAUGUGCAGAGCUAGCGCCGAUUGGUCGAGCCUGCAGGAGUUCAUGGACGAUCGCGACUAAGACGAUCUCUCUUGUCGAGCGAAUCAGUCUCAAGACUUCCCCAAGAUUCGGACCUCAUACAAAUUCCAUCAUAGAUAUAUUGUUUCAUCCUUUGGGCAUUCUUGCGUGUAUUCUUACGCUUGCUGUGAUUCGAAGUAUCGUUUAGAUUUCCAACAUUGCUUUUCUGUGCUUAUGUCUUUCUCACUCUAUACAGUAACAUAUAUAACAUGAUCACUAAGUAUAUAUAGUGAAGCUGAUGACAUGAUAGAUUGUUGCCUGUUGCUGCAUUGCCUGGAGUUUCGUCAAGAUCCU